AUGGCGGCCGGGUCCAACAACGAUGAGCGAUUCAACCGAAAGGUCACAUACCUCGAGCGUGAAUUUCAAGAUUAUUCGCUGAGGCAUGAAACAUAUCUCGGCCCAAUUGAUCUAGAAGAAGAGACACGCCUGAGAGAUCAACACGAAAUGCUGAAGAUGAUAUAUCAGGAUUGGAACAACUCGUUGCAUCCCAACUUCAUCGAGGACCCUGAAGCAAUACUCGAUUGUGGUUUCGGCUCGGGUAACUGGGCCUAUGAUUUUGCGGAAUAUGAUCCAAAUUGCACCGUGAUGGGAGUCGAUAUCUGCCCUCUAAUGGCACCAGAUCAGCUGGACAAUAUGGAUCUGCAGAUUGCGAAUCUGAACGAGCCGCUUGAUUUUGCGGAACCAGGAUCGUUUGACCUUAUUCACUCUCGGUUUGUCGCGUGCGGCAUUGCAGUAAGUCGAUGGCCAAACUACUUCCGAGACAUGCAUAGGCUCUUGCGAAGGAGAGGAUGGAUCCAGGUGACCGAAUGGGAUCUGGUUUUUCGUUCUGAUUCUGGAGACAGUGACGCCUUGCAAGCACUCCAGGAAUGGACCAGAUUGUAUAACCAGUCCUUGGGUUUGACUAACCGUCCAGAAGGCAGGAAGAGCACGAGGGUGAUACAAGACUGUGAGACUUGGGUGCGCAGCGCCGGUUUCAUCAACGUGAGCACCGACGUCAGAGAUGUUGCGACUUGUCCAUGGCCAGCAGAUCCCCACCGCCGGAGCAUAGGUGAGUUUAACCUGUCCAAUAUGAGGGAUCUCAUCCGCUCGUUGGCAUUGUAUCCCGUGGUACGUCGACAACUCCGUGAUUUCGAAUCGUUUCAUGCAUUGGUCGAUGCGGCAAGUGCGGAACUUGGUAAUAUUGACGCCAAACCGUACCUGAGACUCCAUACGUGCUUCGGUAUGAAGCCUUGA